AUGACUUCGAUUAUACGUGCCAUAUUCAAUGGUGAAUGGAAGAGUGUCGAAUUUGUGCUGCAGUUGGCGAAUAAGACAUACGAAUUGGACACGCAACACGCUAUCUACGAGUCGUUGUGGCAGGAACUGCAGUAUACGAAACAGAUCUAUGAUCCCUUCAAGAUACUGGCUUUCUAUGAGCAGCUUGAGCAUCAGCCGAAUGUGCCGUCAGUUUUGCUGCUCAGGGUCUAUCAAUCGUUCCUCUCACGCAUGGUUCAACUUCUCUCGGCGCCCUUCCACACCGACAACCACAGUGCAAAUUUCCCGCUUAUCACUACGCUAAUGCAUGAACUGAGCAAGAGGCCAUCGAAUUAUGUGCACGACAUAUUUGAUGAGCUAUUUGAAGCUGUGCUCGCUUUGCAAUCCCCGCUGAGUGUUGCGCAGAAUUUGGGCAGUUUCAACGCGAGCCUAACCCAAUUGACCAUGGCCAAUUUGCAAUUUCUUAAUCGUACCGAAGUCCAGUUCAAUUCGAAUGCGCACAAAACUGUGCAGGAGAAUCUUCGUAAGCUGAUGAAACAUCCGACAUUUGAAAUGGAAGUGGAGCAGUCGCUGCGUGAACAGGCAUACGUCCAAUUGCCUUCUAGUGAUCGUGUGCUCAACACCGCCGAGAAGGUUUGUCUGCGCAGUGCGAACAGCAGCAACAUUUACCUCUACAAUUGCCCAAAUUCAUCCUCGAUGUGCACCAUGGAACGAGACUCUCAGAAGAUGCUCUUCAAGGUUCAACGUGACGUCAAAAACAGUUCUACCAUUGCAUUUCAAAACCCGAAGUCGAGCAAUCAAUAUCUAAUAAUGGCAUCCCAUAUCCAAGCAACCGACAAUAGUGUCGUCAAGAACGUGUACAGUUUAGAUGGCAUUUACUGGUGGCAUGUGAUGUCGGUGCAAGACGGCGUGGCAAUCUACGAUGCUGCCACAGACGGCUCGGUGAUCUGUGGCGGCGAUCCAGCGCAGUGGGAGGGCAAUGAACAUUAUGCAUACACGCGCCAUGCAGGAAACUUUGAUGCCUAUCGCAAGGAAUGCACUUGGAUCAUUGAGGACUGUAGCGAUAAAUAA